AUGGCACUCGAGGAUAUUGGCCUGGUGGGCAUCAACGUGCGGAUGUGGCGGCACUUGGCCGUGCUGUAUCCCACUGCGGAGACCAACUGGCGGAAGUUCGCCUUCGUCCUGCCCGUGAGUGCGAUGAAUCUGAUGCAGUUCGUCUACCUGCUGCGGAUGUGGGGCGACCUGCCCGCCUUCAUCCUCAACAUGUUCUUCUUCUCGGCCAUUUUCAACGCCCUGAUGCGCACGUGGCUGGUCAUAAUCAAGCGGGUCCAGUUCGAGCAGUUCCUCGCCCGCCUCUCCGCCCUUUUCUACUCGAUUCACGAGUCCACCGACGAGUGGGGGCGUGACAUCCUGAGGCGGGCGGAGCGCGAGGCCCGCAAUCUGGCCAUCCUGAACUUGAGUGCCUCCUUCCUGGACAUCAUCGGAGCCCUCCUCUCGCCGCUCUUCAGGGAGGAGAGAACUCAUCCUUUUGGAAUGGCUCUGCCCGGAAUGAACAUGACCCGCAGUCCGGUGUACGAAAUAGUUUACUUGGUCCAGCUGCCCACGCCCCUCCUGCUCUCCAUGAUGUACAUGCCAUUUGUGAGCCUCUUUGCCGGCCUGGCCAUCUUCGGGAAGGCCAUGCUGCAGAUCCUGGUGCACAACUUGGGCCAGAUUGGCGGGAGGGAGCAGCCGGAGGAGGUCCGCUCCCAAAUGCUGACCGCCUGCAUUCAUUACCACACGCAGGUGAUGGGCUAUGUGGGGGAGCUCAACAAACUGGUAACCAACAUUGUGGCGGCCGAAGCAAUUAUCUUUGGCUCGAUAAUCUGCUCACUGCUCUUCUGCGUGAACAUAAUAACUUCUCCGACUCAAGUUAUCUCAAUUGUGAUGUACAUCUUCACCAUGCUCUACGUGCUCUUCACCUACUACAACCGCGCCAAUGAUCUGAGUAUCGAGAAUAACAGAGUGGCGGAGGCCGUGUACAAUGUGCCCUGGUACGAGGGCAGCCCUCGUUUUCGCAAAGCCGUCCUGAUCCUGCUGAUGCAGGCCCAGCAUCCUUUGGAGAUAAGAGUUGGCAACGUUUACCCCAUGACUUUGGCCACGUUUCAGAGUCUGCUGAAUGCGUCCUACUCGUACUUCACCAUGUUGCGUGGCGUCACCAGCAAAUGA